UCUUGUGUCUGAUGUGUGUGAAGGGAAGUUGCUGUCAUGGGAGUUCAAGAUUAUGCAGAGUCAAAGUUGAAGCCAUCUGUUGUUUUAACUGGAUCUGCAAAGGAAUCUAACGGACCAUCCAUUGGUCUUAUUGACAUAGGGGUCAGUCAAAGUGCCUUCCUUUUCCGAGUUGCAUUGCCAAGUAUCAAGAACGAUCAAAGUAAGUUGAAAUGUGAGUUGCAACGUGAUGGGAAGGUUCUUAUACAGGGUAUGAUAACACAAGGCAUUAGAGUGGUUCAGGGACUAUCGAGCGAAUGCGAGAUGGGAGUCGAGACGUUCUGCUCUCCAGGGCCGUUCACAAUUUCCUUUAAUCUGCCCGGACCGGUUGAUCCCCGAUUGUUUUCUCCUAAGUUCCGCCCUGAUGGAAUUCUGGAAGUGGUGGUCCUGAGAACCAGGGGGACAAGUGAUCCAGUGGAUGCCUGAGCUACACCUUGUUUAGAUCUUUGUGGUGACAUUAAGCGUCAGCUCUAGCUCCAGCGUCAAAGUGUUUA